ACUUUUUUUCGGGGGGUGGAGGAGAGGAGGGGGAGGACUGUAACAUUGAAUCAGUUACAGGUCGCCGUAGCUGCAGCGCAGUCGUCAGGGCGGAGGUGGAUGUGGACGGAGGGUCACACAUAUGCUCUCACAGCGCAGGAUCUCUGAGGAUUACAGCCGCUGCAAAGGACCCUUACUGCGCCUUUUUGGAGCGACCAAUUCAGUGUGGAUAUACUUACACGACUGGAAUAUAAAGAGGGGGAUUACUUUAAGGCGUAAACAUCCAUAAUCAUGGAUGGGGUGAAGAUGUUUGUCAUCUUUGGGGGCAUAAUGAUGCUGCUGGUUUCAGUUUCUUGCGAACUGUCACCACCAACAAUUGAGGCCACUGAGGAGGAAUUCAUCCUGAAGCUCAACUCUAUGUUCAACAUAAGCUGCUCAGGGAAAAGUAAAAGAAGGGUGGUUUGGGCUGAACCUCUACCAGAAAACACUUUUGUUUAUCCAGGAUACUACACAGCAACACUCUUCAUCGACAAUGCCACAGUAGAAAACACUGGCUACUACAUGUGUGUGUAUGAAACACAAGAGGGACAACUGGAGAGUGAGCCGGAAGAGGACAACGAGGCAGGAAUAUACGUCUUUGUCCCAGAUCCCACAGCCCCAUUUGUUCCCGAGACCCCUGAGAACUUGGUGGUCCCCAUGGACCUAUCUGGUGUCCCCAUCUCCUGCCGUGUCUCUGACCCUUACCUUGAUGUCAUCCUGAGGAGCGUCCCCAGUGAGGAGGAGAUGCACGCUUACUACGACAGCAGGAUGGGCUUUUUCGGGACCCUUUCACCUGGACAGUACCAGUGUGAGACCAGUGUAAACAACCAGGUUGCCAGAAGUGCCAUUUAUACGGUGAAUGCCGAAGCUCCAGAAGAGAUGGAGGAUUUUAGUGUGGAAGUAAAAGCCAGCGACGAAAAUGUGAGAGUCGGGCAACCGUUCUUCAUCAUCUGCAUGGCUCCCACUGGGCCAACCUUUCAGCAGCAGUGGCUCCAUCCUAAAAAACAGGCUAUGUAUACGGACCAGGUAAAACAGACUCUCCCCGACCACGUCGUCUAUACUCUCAGCGUCUCGCAGGCCUCUUCUCAGGACAGUGGCGUCUACGAGUGCUCGGUUACUAACACAGUAAAUGGCGAGGUCAGAGUCAACAGUGUCGCCAUCAAUGUCUUUGAGGAGAAUUCCUUUGUGUCACUGCACCACAGUGGGAUUUUUGAAGUGGAGUAUGUCAGCCUUCUACAGGAGACUGAAUUCACUGUUUUCAUCGAUGCCUCCCCUCCUCCCAAGGUGAUGUGGCUGAAGGAUGGCAAAGAACUACCAGCCAACUACUUCAUCGACACCCAGACUGUUCCAUUUCAGGGGAAUCGAUAUCAAAGCACCCUAACGUUACGGCAGCCUCUUGAGAAAGACAAUGGGAAUUACACUGUUGUAGCCCACAGUGGCUCCCACACCGCUCAGUUCUCAUUUAAUAUCAAAGUCAAAGCCUCCACUUCAGCCUUCUUCCCACCAUCCUCUGCUCCGGUGCUGCUGCCACAGACCGAUGAGUUGAUCGUGACCCUACACACUCCCUUCACCCUAAGCUGCAGAGGAGAGGCCAAACUGGCUUGGGACACGCCACAAGAUGUGCGUGAACAAACACAGGAGGACAACAGUGGCCUGUUUGUCUCGUCCAUCAUUGUGGACAGUGCUACUGCAAUACACACUGGCCACUACAUCUGCUUUUACAACAGCAACACCACGGAGGAGAUUGGAGAAACCAGCAUCUACAUUUAUGUACCAGAUCCAGAUGUUCCCUUUGUGCCAUCACUGGUGCCUUUCAGCAAACACAUCCUGUCUGACCAUGAGGAAAUGGAGAUCCAGUGUCGUGUGUCUGAUCCCAGUGCCAACGUGACGCUCAUCAAUGUUGACACGCAGCAGCCCGUGCCUAGCGUUUACGACAGUAAGAGAGGAGCUCUGGGCAUAUUCACUGUGGGCACCUACAUGUGUAAAGCCCUCAUAAAUGGAGAAGAACACUACAGUGAGGAAUACAUUGUCCACGGCUGGACAGGUGGUGCUGGGCUGCACGUUGAGCUGACAGCCAAGAGGACCGCUCUGCUGGUGGGAGAAGCCAUCACCAUCACCUGUCUGGCUCGUGGUUCUGAAAUCCUGGAAGACCACUGGAAAUACCCCGGCAAACUGGCCAGUCGUGGAGUCAAAACUGUCCGUGAGAACAAAAGGAACCACGAGAUUCUCUACACUUUGACAAUUGCACAGGCUACAACCAAAGACAGCGGCAUCUACUCAUGUUCCAUCACUGAUGUCAUCAGUAACGAGAGCCAGACAAAGGAACUGGUUAUUAGAGUUUUUGCAGGUGAAUUUAUGUCCAUCAAGCCGCUGUUUAAAGAAUAUGAAUCAGCACAGCUGGAUGAGGUGCGGGAGUUCAGAGCAGAAAUCACUUCCUUCCCAACUGCUCAUGUCACAUGGCUGAAAGGUGGGAUCCCUCUCAGCAACGUGACGGCGGAGAUCUCCACCAGCCUGCGGCAGCUCAGUGAGACCAGCUACUUGAGUACCCUCACCCUGAUCCGGGCCAAAGAAGAGGACAGUGGGAAUUAUACGAUGAGAGUGGAGAACGGAAACCAGAGUCAGGACACUGGCCUAACCCUGGAGGUCAAAGUACCAGCGGUCAUCAUGGAGCUGGUGGACAUCCACCACGGUUCAGCCACAGGCCAGUCUGUGGUGUGUAUUUCUAGGGGGCAGCCCACCCCUGUGGUGGAGUGGUUCAUCUGCAAGAACAUCAAACAAUGUGCCAAUGACUCGUCCCUGUGGGUGCCCCUCACUAUCAAUUCAACAAAAAUCACAGUGGACUCCCAUGUUGACCAGGACAACAACCUGGAGAGCCAGGUCAUGUUUGGUCAUCUGGAGAACACCGUGGCGGUGCGCUGCCUGGCCAGGAACGAAAUGGCCGCUGUCAGCAGGGAGAUCAAACUGGUCUCAAAUGGCCCUCAACCAGAGCUGACUGUAGCUGCUGCUGUGCUGGUGCUACUGGUUAUUGUCAUCAUCUCACUCAUUGUCUUGGUUGUUAUCUGGAAACAGAAACCAAGAUACGAAAUCCGCUGGAGGGUCAUCGAGUCGGUCAGCCCAGAUGGUCAUGAGUACAUCUAUGUGGAUCCAAUGCAACUUCCUUAUGAUUCCAGAUGGGAAUUUCCCCGUGACAGACUUGUGCUCGGUCGUAUCCUGGGCUCUGGAGCCUUUGGGAAGGUGGUAGAGGGCACGGCCUACGGACUCAGCCGCUCCCAGCCUGUCAUGAAGGUGGCGGUCAAAAUGUUAAAACCUACAGCACGCUCCAGUGAGAAACAAGCUCUGAUGUCGGAGCUGAAGAUUAUGACUCAUCUCGGCCCUCACCUGAAUAUCGUUAACCUUCUGGGAGCUUGCACGAAAUCAGGCCCUAUCUACAUCAUCACAGAGUACUGCUUCUACGGGGACUUGGUCAACUACCUGCACAAAAACAGGGAGAACUUCCUGAGCCUGAACCCAGAGAAGAACAAAAAAGAACUGGACAUCUUUGGAAUCAACCCUGCCGACGAGAGCAGCAGGAGCAGUUAUGUGAUCCUGUCGUUCGAGCAAACCAAAGGAGAUUACAUGGACAUGAAACAAGCUGACAACACCCAGUAUGUGCCCAUGCUGGAGAUGAGCAACGCUUCAAAAUACUCUGACAUCCAGACAUCGGACUACGACCACCCACCCUCCCAGAAAGGCUCAAAUGAAGGUGAAAUGGACAUCCUGCUGUCAGAGGACAUGAACGAGGGCCUCACCACCACGGACCUGCUCAGCUUCACCUACCAAGUGGCCAGAGGCAUGGAGUUCUUAGCCUCCAAGAACUGUGUGCACCGGGACCUCGCAGCCAGGAAUGUACUUCUCUCUCAGGGCAAAAUAGUCAAGAUCUGUGACUUUGGACUGGCCAGAGACAUCAUGCAUGACAACAACUAUGUCUCCAAAGGAAGCACCUUCCUGCCAGUGAAGUGGAUGGCCCCCGAGAGUAUCUUUGACAAUCUCUACACAACUCUGAGUGAUGUCUGGUCUUAUGGCAUCCUCCUCUGGGAGAUCUUCUCUCUGGGUGGAACCCCGUACCCAGGAAUGGUGGUGGAUUCCAGCUUCUACAACAAGAUCAAGAGUGGCUACCGGAUGUCCAAGCCUGAACAUGCUCCUCAUGACGUGUAUGAAAUGAUGAUGAAGUGCUGGAACAGCGAGCCAGAGAAGAGGCCAUCUUUUCUGGGUUUGAGUGAAACUGUUGCAACCUUGCUUCCCUCCAGCUACAAAAAGCAUUAUGAGAGGAUUAACUGCGAGUUCCUGAAGAGCGACCACCCUGCUGUAACUCGUGUGUGUGUGGAGAACGACGACGCCUACAUAGGCAUUUCCUACAAGAACCAGGGCAAGCUAAAGGACCGGGAAAGUGGGUUUGAUGAGCAGCGUCUGAGCUCUGACAGCGGCUACAUCAUUCCUCUGCCCGACCUGGACCCCAUAUCUGAUGAUGAAUAUGGAAAAAGAAACAGACACAGCUCUCAGACAUCGGAGGAGAGUGCCAUCGAGACUGGUUCCAGCAGCUCAACCUUCGCUAAGCGUGAAGGGGAGACCUUGGAGGACAUUACACUGCUGGAUGAGAUGUGUCUGGACUGUAGUGAUCUGGCAGAGGACAGCUUUCUGUGACAACUACCAGCAGAAAGAGUGAAAAUCUGUAAAGACAAAGACUUGAGGAGCUGCAAAAGUACUUGGUACUUCCAUUGACUCUGCAUUGAGCCAAACGAGUCCUCCUUCUGAAUCAUCCCUUCAGAGGACUGUACAAAUCCACAGAAAAACUAUUUGGAUGAGUCUGAGGUGACGGACAUGCCCUUUACUUCUCUCUGGACAUUGCCCUCUGCUGGGCUGGAGGGGCGACGCGUUGACAAAAUUGUGACAUCAAGAAAUAAAAAGGAAAACGGCUCUUGGCCUAAGAGUUGGACAUGGUUUCUUUGCAAAGCAGACAAAAUGUUUCCUUCUUAGUUGCGGGACUCGAUUGUAUUGGAUAUUCAACAGCAAGUAAGGUGGAAUAAAUCAGAUGUGUUGGUCGGCAAUUUUAGAUGGAAACACCACAACAUUUUGUUGGCAUGAUAUAUAUUUAACCACUACAGAUGCACUAUUUAAGUAAAUACAAUCAGUCAGAUACUAGCAUAUAGCAAUGUUUGGAUUUGAAAGCACAAAAUCUGGAUUGCGUGCAUUUUUGUACAUGACCAUAUAUUGUUUUCAGUGGUUAAAUACUUGCAGCAUUUAAGAAAAAAAGUAUUUUUUUAUUCCAUUAUAAAAGAAAAGUGUAUGAUAUGUGAAUAACAAGUAGAUAUUGACCAAAGCUGUUGGAAUGGUUAUGGAUUAGAAACCUGGAGUUGCUUGUACAGAAUGGUGACUUUGCCCAUUCCAGUAUAGCAUUGUCUAAAAACCACCUCUGACUGGACGUCGUUUGUAUGGGCUUUGAUAAUCAAAGGGAAGAAUGAUUGUAUUGUAAAUAGACUUAGAGUUGUUUUAUAAGAGAGAACUAUUGGGAUAACACGCAAAUAUUUGUAUACUAGCACAAUAAGCUUAUAAAACCCCUAUCUGAAGCUUCCCACAAAUACGUACAUUCCAACUGAAGAAAUAUCACUCAGAAAGCAAAUGAUUUCCUGUCAAUUCUCUUUCUAUUUGUCUGGUGUGCAUAUUGGAAAUGUUAGCAGUGUGGUGAAUACUGUUCCGUCUCUCUAUACUGUCCCAGAACAUGUUGUUGUUAUUGAGGGUGAUUGGUUGAACCAAACAUUGAAUUUGAUCCAACGUCUUCCAUUAAUUCCGUGUUUAUUUCAGUUACUGUACGAGCUAAGCCACUGCCUCUGUCCCCUGACUGUGAUGUUCUCUGUAGUUGUUGUUGUUGCACUUUUACUUUUAUUCUCCCCACCAUUUUGUUUUGUAUGCUGCAGAGGAAUUAUUAAUAAUAACAAUAGGAAUAAAAGGAAAGAGAAAAAAAGUCGUGCUUUAGCUCUAGAUGUAUGAUGUGGUGUCAAUGUGAACGUGCUGCAGGUGAUGUUUUGUUGACGGUACAGUAUCUGUCGUUGUAUCCCAUACGAUUCAGUACUAUUUUUUACUAUGUUACAUCAUGUACAUUCAGAUGAUUUAUAUUUCAAUAAAUGAUUUAUGAAGUAAA